AUGCAAACUUCCGAUGAAGUCCAUGUUCAGGUUCAACCCUCGUCAAGCCGUAGUGAACUCGUUGUUUAUCUGAAAAGAGACCAAGAAGAAGUUGAUGAAGGUGGACUUAGAGUAAAUUAUCCAAGUUGUCACUUUCCUACUUUACCUCGUACUUUUCUUGAAAAAGGAGGAGAAGAAUCAAGAGGAUCAAAAGGGUCAUUCUAUAACAUGGCAAUACACAAAGGGUUUCUUUUGAUCGGGUGGUUAGUGACAAUAACUGAACCCUAUGCGGAAUACCCGAUGUACAAUGGUGCAUUCUACAUCUCAAGUGCUAUAACCCAUCAGUGGUUCAGUCUCCCUGAUCCUCCUCCGAACACUUCUUUAACCGAACGAAGUGUUGGUUUUAUAACCCAAGUGGAUGAAGCUCGGAAAAUUUUGACUAGUUAUAAAGUCGUACUACUUAAUCCUACAUCUAAAGGUACGUUCAUUGAAGCGGAUAUAUUGUCUUCUGAAACCAAAAGAUGGGAACACAUUAAAGUGAAGCUUCAGUGUCCAAUCACAAUGAUCCUUACGCCUCUUGUGCUAAAUAACACUCUUUAUUGGGUAAGUAAUGAGUGGCUUGACAAAAGGAGGUUUGGAGGCAAUGCUUAUAGUGGAAUCCUAGCGUAUGAUCCUUACGAAAGCCCUAAUCACUUUCAACUUAUUGAACUUCCAUGCAACGAUUUUAAUCCGAAAAGGGUAGGUUUUGAUUCCAAUCGUGGUGUUUGUCAGGGGCGGCUCAAGUAUUUUAGACAAUGA